AUGGCAAUUCCUUACGUUGAUGAUGCAGUCAAUGCGAUUGGAAUCAUUUCCAUUGCAUUACUCUUCAAGUAUAUGUUCCGAACAAUUUACGUUGCGUACUUUGGGCCGUUGAGUAAGAUUCCUGGGCCAAAGCUUUCAGCGUUAAGCGCUAUCCCGCUUCUCCUCAGGGGCGCUAAAGGCAAAAGAUGGCAUUGGUAUCAACGUGAAUUAAGACCCAAGUAUGGCAAAAUAGUCAGAAUAGGCCCAGAUAUGAUUCUUGUCAGUGAUAAAGACAUUAUCAGACAGAUUGUUGUUAAAGAAGAUUGGCCAAAAGGUGAAUUCUAUAAGAUAUUUAGAGUUGCGCCUCAUUUACAUACAUUGUUCUCGACCACCGACAAAGCAUUCCAUAAAGAAAGGCGUCGAUUGCUCGCACCGGCUUUCUCUAUCAAAUACAUCCGGUCGCUUGAACCAUAUAUGUCAAUGUGCAUUCGUAAUUUGAACGAUAAGAUCGAUUCGCUGAUACAAGAAAAUUCACCGACCGAUGGAGCGGUCAUAGACUUGUACAGAAUGAUGGUUAAUACAACUCUGGAUUCAAUUGGUGAAACUGCAUUCGGAGGUACUUUUAAUAUGGUUAAAGAAGGAAAUCAUCCGCUACCGAAAGAAGUUGUUGUAGAGUUGAGCAGGCGUAUCAGGAGAAACGGAUUUCCAAUAUUAAAACCAUUCAUAAAGAGUAAUAGAUAUCUGUAUGACUUUUCAAGCGAACUCAUCAGACGUCGUCGUCAAGAAGCCGGUACUCGUCGCAAAGAUAUUCUCCAGAUUAUUCUUGAUGCUGGGGAAGGAGAAGCAGCAUUACCGGAUAUUGACAUUUAUGAGCAAAUUAUUGAAUUUCUUAUUGGUGGGAGUGAUACGACAAGUUUUAGCACGUUCUUCGUUCUGAUAAUGCUGUUAAACCAUCCGAGUAAAAUACACAAGCUCAUUGAGGAGUUGGACAACGAGUUUGUUGAUUUACCGAGAAAUGAGCUACCAAAACAUGAGAAAUUAAAGAAAUUACCAUAUUUGAAUGCUGUCAUAAACGAGACGAUGAGAUUAUGGCCUAUUAGUUUGGAUGGAGGUAGCGGGCGUUCACCAACAGAGGAUAAAAUUAUAAACGGUGUACUCUUUCCAAAGGGUACUUUAGUACUCACUAACUUUUACGCACUUCAGCAUUCUGCCGAAUACUGGGGUAAUGAUGUCGAUGAAUUUGUCCCUGAACGCUGGUUUAAGGAUGACAUACCAUACGAUGCAUUUUAUCCAUUUUCAGCUGGUUCGAGAAACUGCAUUGGACAGAACUUUGCUUUGUUAGAGAUGCGUCUUAUAAUCUCAUCACUUUUGAGGCGUUUCAGAUUCGAGGAUAUCCCAGGACAAGAUUACUCUGAUAUUGUGCAAUUUGUGACGCCCUCUCUGGCCCAGAAUGAGUACAAGGUUCGCGCAUGGAAUCGAUCCUGA